AGAAGAAGAAGCAAUACUAUCGAUAGUACACUAUAGAUUAUCGAUAGAAUCAUGACUGCAUCGGAUGCCCAAAUCCGCCGUACCUGCCAUCUCGAGCCCCGAUGGAUUGGCAAGUAAAAAAGUAAAUAAAAAAAAGUAAACGCUGUACAGAAAAAUAGACCUUAUUGUUUAUCGUUAUGUUUGUAAUUUGCGUAGGUACUAAACUAAUUCAGAAAAGAUUAACCUUGGAUUAACCCAAAAUUGACCCAAAACCAUAUUUUUCUACUUGCAUUCUUUUCAUUCGUUCAUUAGUCAUUCAACGUCAAAAAUUUGGUUAAAAGCUGUCAAACAAUCACCUGUGAAAUAUCAGUAAAAACAAUAGAAUUUUGUAAAAAUUACACGUAACAUAAAUUAAAAGUAAACUUCUGGCUUUAUUUUCUUGUCAUUGAUCUUCGGAAAGUGUGCUAAUAUAUGGCCUAUGAAAUCUGAAUAAAACCAUCACGUCGAUAUUUUACAAGGUUACGAACCCCAUACAAGGAAUGGAAACAUAUUAACCAGUUUACAAUGGAAACUGUGCGAAGAUCAUGGAAGCUGCAGGAAUUCGUCGCCCACAAGGCAAAUGUCAACUGCCUGGCGAUGGGACACAAAUCCAAUCAAGUCUUGGCCACGGGGGGUGACGAUAAAAAAGUUAAUCUUUGGGCUAUUGGCAGACAAAGCUGUUUAAUGAGUCUCAGUGGUCACACAACACCAGUUGAAUGUGUAUGUUUUGGUCACUCUGAGGACUUGGUCUGUGCUGGCUCACAGACAGGUGCACUGAAAAUCUGGGACCUAGAAGCAGCAAAACUGUUAAGAACGUUCACUGGACAUAAGGGUGCAAUCAAGUGUAUGGACUUCCAUCCUUAUGGUGAUUAUUUAACAACAGGGUCAUGUGACAGCACCAUUAAAUUAUGGGAUACAAGAAAGAAAGGAUGUAUAGUGACUUAUUCAAGUCACCGCCUAGCAGUGAACAGUCUCCAAUUUAGUCCAGAUGGACAGUGGAUUGCCUCAGCAUGUGAAGAUGGUCUAGUGAAAGUGUGGGAUGUGCGUGUGGGCAAAGUCCUUCAUGAGUUUGUUGAACACUCAGCUCCGGUUACAUGUGUAAAGUUCCACCCUCAUGAGUUCCUAUUGGCUAGUUGUGGUGCCGACAGAACUGUCAACUUCUGGGAUAUGGAAAAGUUCCAGCUAGUCUCCAAGUUUGAAAAGGAGAAUGCUUCUAUAAGACACAUGCAGUUCAGUGAUGAUGGUGCCUCGUUGCUCGGGUGUGGCAAGGACGGGCUGCAUGUGAUCGGCUGGGAGCCAGCGCGAGUGCUGGACGCCGAACACGGUCACUGGGGCUUGAUCCACGACAUCACUGUUGCACAGACGCAACUUAUAGCGGGAUCGUUCCAUUCAACAUACGUAGUAUUAUCAGUAGUAGAUCUCAGUAAAGUUCACCCGUUCGGUGGGCCGCCACCGGUCGCGCCGACCGUUAUCAUUGAUCUCUCACCCUUCCAAAAAGGGCACACAGUUAGAAAAAGUUUUUCAAAAGAAAAGCCACCCAAAGAAGUAAUGCAUAGACCAACACUUCUCGAUGAUAAAACAAUUGAAGAGUCGGCAUCAGGAACAGAAGCGGACGAGGAGUCAGGUGCUGUUAUAUCCAAUUUUAAAGAUUACUCUGAAAUAUUUCGUCCUUCUAGAGCAUUAAAUCGCACCCCUCCCCCCACCACUAGUCUGUCUUCUGAAGAUUAUUCAAUAACAGGUCCCGUUGAAGAAUUAUUGAAAAUAGAGCCAGACGUUAGUACAUCUCUCCGCGACUUGAUGAUAGACGAGCCCCCGCCGGCGCCGCUCACGCGGCCGCUGCCGCAGCCCUCCCCGCCGCAGAGACAACGACCCGACACUUACUCACGCAUACCCACCUAUACUAACACACUCAUGGACAAGAAACCUGAAGUCUUCCACCCUAAUUUGUGUAACUCAGGGGUGGUGGACAAUAAAGAGGAUAACAAAUUCAGUGCGUCGUCGACGUCCGCUAUAAGAGACUACGCCGUGUGCCAAGUCAAUACGCUUAACCGGCAUAACUCAUAUAAAGAAACUAAAUCCAACCCAGAAGUCGCAAAUUCCGGCCUUCGGCAAAGUAACAGUGAAAUGUCUCUAGGGCCAGGAUCUCUGGGGCCGCGGUCACUUUCAUUUACCAGAUCUCCCAGUGAAACUUCAAGAAGAAGAGUGGACAGCGUAAGUAGAGAUCCAGUACCCGUGGCGAGUGUGACACGCAACGAGGAGCCCGAACGGGAACCAGAGCCCGAGUUCGUGCCCUUCGCCACCGAUCGGCCUGUCGGACUCGAUCUUGAUGAAUUUUUGCCGCGCGGCGCGGGCGCGGGCGGCGCGCGGCGCGGCGCACGCGGCGGCGGCGCGGAGCCCAGCGAGCAGGAGGUGCUGGGCGUCAUGAUGCGCGGCCACGAGUCCAUGAUGGCCGUGCUCACCGCCCGCCAGCGCGCGCUUCAGAUAUUCCAUUCAGUAAGGAUAAACAAGACAUUAAAAUCAGCUUUAGAAUCUGUGAUUGCUCUGGAAGACAACUCUGUUCUUGUUGACAUCCUCAAUGUGAUGGCACAUAAACCAUCUUUAUGGAACUUGGACAUAUGCCUAUUGAUGCUACCUAAAAUAUAUGAGUUAUUGCAAAGCAAAUAUGAAUCAUACAUGCAGUGUGGGUGCAAUGCUUUGAGGCUAAUAGUGCGCAACUUUUCGUCUGUAGUACGCGCGAAUGUAAGCGCGCCGGUGCGAACUCUUGGUGUGGAUAUACCGCGUGAAGAACGCUAUGCGAAGUGUAUGCAAAUUCACCAGUUGUUACUUGACGUGCGUGCUUUUUUACUCAAGAGGCAGACCUUACAAGGGCGACUCGGCGCCGCAUUCCGCGACCUGCACACACUCAUGCAACAGGGCCUAGACUGACACAGACCUAACCUCUAAUGACAAUCACAGUAAAAGCAUGAUAAGAUAAGACAAAUGAUUUAUAGAAUAAACACUCAUCACCAUCACUAAAAGUAUGAAGAAAAAUUAGGUAUGUAUUUAAUACAAAAUAAAAUAUGUAGAAUGGAAUAUGUUAGGUCUUAUGUAUUAAUUAAUUACUAUGAGAAGCCUAUGUGGUGCAAUUCUAUGCUUCAAUUCUUCACACUUUGGGAAUUCAAAUAUUACCUUCAUUAUGUAAAUAACAAAUUAUACUUAUAACUGCCAUUUCAAAGGUCUAUAUGCCUAAAAAGAUCUAAUCUGUUUGUAUUUAAUUUUGUAUAUUUUAUACAGUGAAAAAAACCUAUCAUGUUAAUAUUUGUAGUUAUUAAUUGUGUUCUAGUAAUAAAUCAAUUGACAAGAGAAAUUGAUUAUGUGUUAAAUACUGAAAUCAUCUUGUACAAGCAUUUAUAAAGGCUGGAUACUUAAUUUCUUCCAUAAUUUUUCAUUAUUCAGUAAGUUAGAAUCUCUCAAUAUUGAAAAAAAAAGAAUGCCAUCUUGUGCCUUUGGAUUAAUUUAUUUCUAUGUAUAUUUAUAGUCAUUUCAGUAUUGUAAUCAUGUAUUAAGCUAUAAAUAAAAGGACUUAAACAUUAGACUGACAAUGUAACAAAUAAUUAACAGUUUGUUCUAUUAUGUUAAGCAAACUAAAACAUUACUGUAAAUUACUUUGUAAGAAAGAUGUAAGUAUUUGAAUGUUCAGAACAUAAAUAAAUUACUUAAAAACA